CAGAGCAUCAAGAGCAGGGGAAUCAGUUCUGCGUUGCGACGCUAGCAGACACACUAUUUAUUACAAUUUCUCACAGACCGCUUUUUAUUUAAGUCUGCUGCUUUCUGCCUCAGCUUGGGAAAUGAUUGUACCCUGCGUCGUCCUGUUUUCUCUCUUGGCGCUCAGCCAAUCAGCCAAUCCUUGCUGUUCAAAUCCAUGCCAAAACAGAGGAGUGUGUGUGACAAAAGGGUUUGACCAAUAUGAAUGUGACUGUACACGGACGGGAUUUUAUGGGGAAAACUGUACUACACCUGAAUUACUCACCUGGCUGAAAAUUACAUUGAAACCUGCUCCAGCUACAGUUCACUAUAUCCUCACCCAUUUCAGAGGAGUCUGGAACAUAAUCAACAACAUUCCAUUCCUCCAUAAUGCCAUCAUGAGAUACGUACUGAUGUCAAGGUCCCACUUAAUUGAGAGUCCACCGACAUAUAAUGGUCAUUAUGGUUACAAAAGCUGGGAAGCUUAUUCCAAUCUUUCCUACUACACCAGAACGCUCCCACCAGUUCCACAUGACUGCCCAACCCCCAUGGGUGUGAAAGGCAAGAAGGAGCUUCCAGAUUCAAAUAUAAUUGUGGAGAAAUUUCUGCUAAGGAGAAAAUUUAUUCCUGAUCCUCAAGGCACAAAUGUUAUGUUCACAUUCUUCGCCCAGCAUUUCACGCAUCAGUUCUUCAAGACAGAUCACCACAAAGGACCAGCUUUCACAAAAGGACUUGGCCAUGGGGUUGAUCUGAGCCACAUCUAUGGAGAAACUUUGGACAGACAGCUGAAGCUGAGACUGCUUAAGGAUGGAAAGCUGAAAUAUCAGAUGAUUGAUGGAGAGAUGUAUCCACCCACUGUGAAAGAGACUCAGGCAGAAAUGAUGUAUCCACCCCAUGUCCCUGAACACCUGAAAUUUUCUGUAGGGCAGGAGGUCUUUGGUUUGGUUCCAGGACUGAUGAUGUAUGCUACAUUAUGGCUCCGGGAACACAACCGAGUGUGUAAUAUUCUUAAGGCAGAGCAUCCAGAAUGGGACGAUGAGCAGCUGUUCCAAACUGCUAGGCUGAUCUUGAUAGGAGAGACCAUCAAAAUUGUGAUUGAAGACUACGUGCAGCAUUUGAGUGGCUACCACUUCAAGCUGAAGUUUGACCCAGAACUACUCUUCAGCCAACGAUUCCAGUAUCAGAACAGAAUAGCAGCUGAAUUCAACACCCUCUACCACUGGCACCCACUUCUGCCUGACACCUUUCAGAUUCAGGACCAAGAGUAUACUUUCCAGCAGUUCAUCUACAACAACUCUAUUGUGUUGGAACACGGCCUUUCCCAUAUGGUGAAAUCUUUUUCCAAGCAAAGGGCUGGAAGGGUUGCUGGUGGUAGAAAUGUUCCUGCUGCAGUGCUGAAAGUAGCUAAAGCCUCCAUUGAUCAAAGCCGGGAGAUGAGAUACCAGUCCUUGAAUGAUUACCGGAAGCACUUCCUGUUGAAACCAUUUAAGUCAUUUGAAGAACUUACAGGAGAAAAAGAAAUGGCUGCAGAACUUGAAGAACUCUAUGGAGAUAUUGAUGCUAUGGAGCUAUACCCAGCCCUUCUAGUUGAAAAGCCACGUCCUGGUGCCAUCUUUGGUGAGACCAUGAUAGAACUAGGGGCACCAUUUUCCCUGAAAGGCCUCAUGGGAAAUGCUAUCUGCUCACCUGAAUACUGGAAGCCAAGCACUUUUGGAGGACAAGUAGGCUUUGACAUAGUUAACACGGCCUCCAUCCAAAGCCUCAUCUGCAACAACGUGAAGGGUUGUCCUUUUACAGCUUUCCAUGUCAUAAACCGAGAAACAGCUGCAACAAUUAACAUCAGCACCUCCAACACAGCAAUAGAAGAGAUCAACCCUGCUGUUUUGCUGAAAGAGCGAUCUGCUGAACUGUAGCUGCUUGCAUAUUUUGUUUGUUUAUUUAUUCUAUCUAAGUUAUUUAUUUAUUUAUUAUAUAUAUAUAUAUUUAAGACAAAGACACCAUUGGUUUUUUCCCCUUUCCCCUGCAUCUUGGGGAUCUAGCCUGGGAUGCCUGGCUUAAAGGGAGUUUUGCUUUACAAUUUGCAGGACUGGAUCCCUUGGGUUUUAAUCAUAUCUUCUGUACCAGAAAGAUGUAUUCCAAAAUGGAUAAAGACAUCCGAUUGCUGCUUUAAAACUUGAUAGUAAACAAUUGAGGUUUUUAAAACUUGACAAGAAGCAUCCUAACAGUAUAGAACCAGGUUAUGUAACGCUUCCUUCAGAAGAAAUCUGUACUCCUAAAACAAAGUCCCUUUUUUGAAGAAAUAUUCAUAUGGUAGAAUGCCAGUGAAAAUAUGGGUGAAGAAAUAAUUAUGGUCUAGCCAAAGCAGAAUUUAGAAUUUAGGGUUUUUUUUUGUUAAGCCCUUUUGACUUUUCACUUGCAAGUCUUAAGAUGCUUUCCUUUUGAAAUCUGGUUGUAAGUACUUGGGAUAUAUUGGGCCCAAGAAAUGGAAUAAUAUUAAUGUUAGUUCCGUUCAAUCUGUGUGAAUGGGAAUACUGGGGAAAUGAAAAACUAAUCUCGCUACCUCUCCUUUGUUGCACAACAGUUAAAAAAAGGCUGCCCUUAAAAAAAAAAAAAUGAUGUCACUUCAUGUGUGAUUUGAGGAUCUGCAUCUCCCUUUAGGUGAGAUGCAAGUUCUAGAGAUGCUAUAUGCAACUGUCAUUGAAUUAAUUAUUUUGAAAAUCUAUAACUAUAAAAAAAGAGUAAUGCAGCACUUCGUACAUUUCAGUUGUAAUAUACUCCUCCUCCCUCAUGUUGUAGUUAGAAUUUAGAUAGAAGUUUCUCUAUGGGAUCUAUAACUUGAAAAAUUCUUGCACUGUAUACUGUGUAUAUAUAAAUCUAUAGCUCAAUGAAAGUGAAGAGCAAUAUGGCACUGAAUAAAGUACACUACUACAGUCUCUUUAGAUUUAGUUGGUGCUCAUAUUUUGGUCAUUGCAAAGUUUCUCUGAAAGCCAAAGAGUUAAAUGAAAACUCUUGAUGGUUUUACCCACAUCUCCUUGGUAGAUAGGUGUGGGUAAAACAUACUGACUGACCUCCAGACUGUUGUUCAAUAAUACUUCUCAGGAAUUACUCUAAAGGACUAAUUUCAGUAUAUCUACUUGGGAGUAAUUUAGUUUGAUGUCAGCAACUAUCCUCCAGGACAUCCUGUUGGAGCUCUUGCAGAAUCCAUAUUCAUGUUCAUGGGUUUGCACAGCAGAACUUUUAGAUGGAUUUUUUCCAAGACUAUAAAACUGGGGCAUUUCCCUCUUUAUUUUAUCUGGAUCAUUUUUAAAUAAGAAAAUCCUGAAGUAAUUGCAAAAGCCAUUAAUCUAAAGUUUCAUAUGUAUAAAAGUGAAUCUGUACUCUCCAGGAUAUCAAUCACCAUUUUCCUAUUGCUAAUUUGAAAAUUUACAACUUAGAACUUUUUAAAAAGUCAUCAGCAGGUAGAAAGUACGAAAACUCAUACAGAUCCUUCUAUUGAAAAUCUGAAAACAUGGUAGAAACAAACAUUCUGGGGUUUUUUGCUUAUGUGAUCACACUCUUGACACACUGUACUUUCACUUUCUGAUGUAGAACUGGAUCCAUGCAUGGAAUUUAUUCUUUGUAUGGGAGCAAGGAGCUAAGAGACACUGUUCAUUUCACUCCUAAAAAAUGGGUUGUUCCAGUCUAGCACAGACAGGAAAUUGACAUGCCUAACUGCUCUAAUGCUGGUGAAUCUUUGGGCGAUGAGUCAAGAUCCAUGUUGAUUCUGAUGUGACAUUUUAAGCAACCUUCAGCAGCUCUGCAGUGUGUUCAGUUGGUUCUCUGAUAUUUUGCAAAUUGAGUUUCUUCAUCUAUUUCCCAAAUCUGCUUCCUUUCCCCCUGUGUUUCUUUUUGUUUAGAAAUCUUUCCUUCCUGUUGUUGGGACAGCCCUGUUGGGCUAUUAAAAAAAAAAAGAAGAAGAAGAACUUGAAAUUGUGCCUUGCUUCCUGUCCUAGCCAGCUCUUCCCUUAUUUCAGUUGUGGUCUUUGACCACAAACCUAUGGACAGGAUCACUUCUCUUUUUAAAAUAUUUGUGCAGGACUUUUAGUUCAUAGGUGCUUAAUAAAUAAUAUUGUUACAUUUUACUACUACUAAUAGUACACUGUAAAGCACCUUAAGUGGCACAGUGGGGAAAUGCUUGACUAACAAGCAGAAGGUUGCCGGUUCAAAUCCCCGCUGGUAUGUUCCCCAGACUAUGGGAAACACCUAUAUCGAGCAGCGGAGAUAUAGGAAGAUGCCGAAAGGCAUCAUCUCAUACUGCACGGGAGGAGGCAAUGGUAAACCCCUCCUGUAUUCUACCAAAAGAAAACCACAUGGCUAUGUGGGCGCCAGGAAUCGAAAUCAACUUGACAGCACACUUUACUUUAGUGCACUGUAAAACACCAGUCUAUGGACCCUUUCUCUAAAUCAUGUUCAACAUGCCUGCCUCAAGCAGUCAUUCUUGUGAUACAGAUUUUUUUUAAAAAAAAUGGGAAUAUUUGUUUCACUCAACCUGCUGGUCUUGUUGGGUGCUCUUUCUGAACAUAUUUGUGUUUGUAAUUUAUGAAUAAUCAUAAUUAUGUAAAUAUAUGAAUACUUAUGUUUAUGAAAAAUUAUCCAAGUUUGUGAUUCCAUCUGGAGAAAGUUAGACACACUUGUCCUGUUUUUAUAGGAUCUCUCUGGAUUGUGGUCGCCUUUUAUACUUUUAAAAAAUAUGCCAUGAUGUGCACAGCACUACAAUUGUUUAAAUAAACUAUUUCAAAAGAAAGCA